GCAACGCUUUGUACCAAUGAGAGCUGGAGAAGGGCAUCGCUCGUUGUGUGCGUGAGGCCACUGUCCCGGUGCUGAAAGGAAAAUAGGUGCAGCUAUAAAGUGAGACGUGACUAUAGGACGAGCGAGAGACGGACUCGUACACAGGAACAGGUCACCUCAAUUUGACACUCCCGUGCUUCCUCCAAGAGCUAGUAAGCAACAAUGGCUCCCAAUGACAGUACCAGCAUCCUGAGUUCUGCUUAUAUUGCUGCUGAAUAUAUAGAUACAUUCUUACCCGACAAUCCAUUGCAGCCACCUUUUAAGUAUGCCUGGAACUUCAUGAUUGAUAAUUACACAAAGUUUCAGAUUGCGACCUGGGGGUCCCUGCUAGUCCAUGAGCUAAUCUACUUCAUCUUCUGUCUGCCUGGCUUUAUUUUCCAGUUUUUACCUUUCCUGCAAAAGUAUAAAAUACAGCAGGAUAAACCAGAGACAUGGGAAAGUCAGUGGAGAUGCUUCAAAAUGCUCCUUUUUAAUCAUUUUUGCAUUCAGUUUCCUUUGAUUUUUGGCACUUACCAUUUUACAGAGUAUUUCAACAUUCCCUAUGACUGGGAUGCAAUGCCACGAUGGUACGUUCUGUGCGCCCAGUGUUUUGGGUGUGCGGUGAUUGAAGAUGCUUGGCACUAUUUCCUUCAUAGAAUCCUGCACCACAAACGCAUAUACAAAUACAUUCAUAAAGUGCACCAUGAGUUCACGUCCCCUUUUGGGAUGCAAGCUGAAUAUGCCCAUCCACUGGAAACCCUGAUACUUGGUGCUGGGUUUUUCAUUGGAAUCAUGGUGUUCUGCAAUCACAUUGUUCUCAUGUGGGCAUGGGUGAUGGUUAGACUGCUGGAAACAAUAGAUGUUCACAGUGGCUACGACAUUCCUCUGAAUCCCUUGCACCUAUUCCCAUUUUACGCCGGAGCGCGUUUUCAUGAUUUUCAUCACAUGAACUUUGUUGGUAACUACGCCUCAACGUUCACAUGGUGGGACAGAAUCUUCAACACAGACUCACAGUACAACAACUACAGGGAUAAAGUCAAGGGAAAAACAGAAAAGAAAACCAAAUAAAUCUUCAUGUCGUUCCUACUGGAUCACAAUUCUACUGUAUAUGCUAUCACAGACGGAAGCAAAGUCCUUUUAUGAACAAAGACUUGUAUAUAGCUCGUCUGUGACAGUAAACAAUUGUGGAUAUUACCCACAAAUCCAAUAACUGCUGGCCCAAAACCCCAUUGUUCAGCUCCACUUUGGAAAUGGGAACCGAGGAGGAUGGUAAAAAAAAAAAAAAACUUUUUUUACACAAGCCGAAAUAUUUUUUUACAGAUGGAUCAGGAUGAACAAGAUCUUGAUAAAAAGCAAAGCAAACCAACCAUCAGACCAGAUGAAUUGUUUAUAACCGCACGGUACUCAUUUUGAGAUGUGGUCUAUUUUUUACACAUGCAUAGAUUUUAAUUAUUUAACGCAUUUAAUUGGUCUUUACACGACUUGUGCCUCUGACUUUUAAUGCAUACGUUAAAUGUGGCAAUCACAGAUGUAAAUGGUACAGUUAGAUUGCAUAUGGUUCAGGAGGUUGUUUGCACUUUGAAUUGGUUAUUUUUAUUUUUUUUUAGACGUAUGCAGAUGGCACCUGAGAAUCAUCCAGUAGAGUCUUCUGUGAUUAUUGGCACUUUUCAGCUGGAAAACCCUUUAGCGCAGUGAUCCCCAACCAGUAGCUCAUGAGCAACAUGUUGCUCUCCAACCAUGAAUGGAUGGAUGUUGCUCCCAGUGGCUUCAAAGCUGGUGCUUAUUUUUCAAUUCCAAGGUUGGAUGCAGGUUUUGGUUGCAUCAAAACCAGGUGUACUGCCAAACAGAGUCUCAAUGUAGGUUGACAAUCCACAUAGGGGCUACCAAAAGGCCAAUCACAGCACUUAUAUGGCACCCAAAGAACAUUUUUAAUGCUUAUGUUGCUCCCCAACUCCUUUUACUUCUGAAUGUUACUCACGCCUUCAAAAGGUUGGGGACACCUGCUCUAGCGGGUGGCCUGAAAAGUACCACGUGUGCCAUAACUAUUAAACUACUGAGUUCAUCAGGGGUAGGCGGACCAGCCAGGUUGAUGUGUUGCUUUGUGAACACGUCUGCCUUACUACAACAUGUAUGUAAGAAAAGGGAGUAGGUUUUUUUGCUUUAGACACUUGCUAGCCUAAACAGUUCAGCACUUACAUUGCAAUGUCAUCCUCAGCGAUAUUUUCAGAAUUCUAUUUUUGUUUGUUUGUUUUUUUGUUAUGCUGAAAUAAAUAUGAUUUUAACCACAA